UUUUUCAAAAUAUCUAGGCGUUUGCAGAGUGUCAAUGUGAACGAUAUUUAUAAUAAUUUAUUGUCUUACAACAUGUGUAUGGUGCUUACAACUUUGUGAUGCAACGUUUUUGCAUUUAAUUUGUCCUUAUUAUGCUAACUUUGAAUCGGUGACGAAUUGAUCACUCAAGUCUUUACAUCCAAGAGAUUCAAAUUUUGCGGAGAUGCGGAUUGUCCGGAUUGGCUCCUCGUGCAAAUCAAUAACCUUUCAAAAAUGACCUCUAUUAAAAUGAAAGUACUCAGUAACCUGGUCGUGAAAUCCAUCUUAGGUGAAAACAUAGAUAAGGAAAAACUGAGCCGUAUAACAACUGAAGCUAAAUUAGAUGAGAAAGACUCGCAAGGAUGUGUAGCUGCAAUUGCCUUCAUCAUUACUAGUGCAUCUCGCUAUGCUGUGUCUGAAAAAUCUCUUAGCAAUGAGCUACAACAGAUUGGUUUCCCACAUGAGCAUGCCUCCGCUCUUUGUCGUGUUUUUUGCGAUAACGUAGGAAAACUCACCACUCACCUAGCAAAUAACAGUUUACGGCUGAGCAAACUGGAAGGCGUAUCGUGCUCUGAUGAAGGGGAUUUUGUUCAAGUUGCGUUGAAGACAUGGGAAAGAUCCUCUAAUUCUGUGCAGUCAACAAGCUUCAAUAUUGAUAAGCAGCAACUAGUUCUUCUGUUGGCUGAUUUGAAGCAGGUCUAUUCUCGUAUGGAAGAAAUAGAAGCUGAAAGCAACAACACAUAAUCCUAGUUGUGACUCACCUUUUUUGUCUCCCACACUGAAUUAUUAGUAAGCCGGUGCUCUCAAUAACUUCCAGUGAAAUUAGGUACAUUUUAUUAUUUUGAUUUUCAAUUAUGUAUUUACCAUAAAGGGAGGUCAUAAGAUACAUGUGUGCUUAUCAUAAAUCGAAUAUGUUGAAGAAAAGAUAAUUCUUUUAUGGAUGAAAUUAUCAAUUUUUCAUUGAAUCAAGAUGGUCAAUCAAUCUGCUUGGUUAUUAUCAGUGUCUUCAAAAAUAAAAUCUGUUAGUCACAGAGGUUUCGUCCAAUGAAAAUACGUUCACGAGGCGGUUUUGUCCACAAUAUUAUUAGACCAUUCAUAAAGUUGUCCAGGACACGAUAGGUCCAAUCAAUAAAGUCCAAACAUAAUACGUCUAUUGCUGGAACAUUGGUAAGAAUACAGUAAAAAAAUAUAUGCAGAGAAGUAAAAAAAAAUUUCUCAAAUUUUCCUCUAUUCGGUGAGGGUUCUGCUGGUAGUUCAGCAUGAGGGUCAGGAAGUGCGAAGGUUGUGGGUUUACAUUUAAUUUCAGGUGGUACGCAACUGCACGUCGAUAUGUCAGAAGAAUGUUACAACUCCUUUAAUCAUCAUAGUUUGUUACAAUGGUGUGGACGUGAUCUUGGCCUCAACAUUCCUGUGUCCACCCUCACUUUGCAUUACGAGGGUCUCAUUAUCAUGCUGAUCAUUUUGAAGGUUUUCAAUAAAACGCCAUGUAUUAACAUAGAAACUGGCUACCAUUUUGUAAAACUUACUGUAUACUCAAGAUUUUCUAACUGAAAAUUUAACUCUAACAGAAACAAAAUUAAUAGAUCCGCUUCUAUGAGAGCGCAUUGUCAACUCGCAUCUUCUCUCUCCAUAUGAUUGUUAUUAUACAUAUAUACUUUUUUUAAAAAAAUAUUACCAUACAACUUUCAUCGGAAUUUUUUGUUGGACACACUGACAUUUGACAAAAUGUGCCUUGGACAAAUUUUAUUUUGCGUAAUCUCUUUGGACAUCUUUUUUUUGGACACAUUUACGUUUGACCAAAUUCCAUUUGAUGAAACCUCUUGACACGAAACGCUGACCAUCCAUUUUGUGUGUUGAGAUUUGAAAAUUCUGCUUAAACUAAAAUAAAUGGCAAUGACAGCUCAAUGACAAAUCCUUCUACCCAGGUCCUAAGAAGCUGUAGCUAAAAUGCUUGGUGAAACUGAGAUUACCCAUUAAUAUUGAUAGGAGUGGCAUAGAAUAAAUAGACCACAUCAACAGAAUCAGGGACUUAGUCUUCUCUUCUAACCCUUUUCUGACCAUUUCUUGAUCAUCUACAUGGUGAUUAAAGUGUCUCGCACUACAGUUCUAUAAGGGUCCACUUAUGAGGGUGCUUGGUCUAGGACCUAGCACUCAGUGCGAAUGACAAAUAGGGGCGUCCACCAGUCAGGGAUGAAUGUAGAUGGGGGAGGGGGGUGUGGUAAUACAAGAGGAAAAAACUGUACUUUACAACACCCUUGUAGCCAGGAUAUUUGUGUUAAAAUAUGGUAUGCAAUGAUUUUGCUAUUUUUGCUAGAAUACAACACUUGAAACAUUCAUCAUCACUAUUUUGGAUGUCAAUGAUAGACUUAGAAGCUUUUAAAAUAGCUGGCAAUACAGCGUGACCACUUCCUUUCAAAGGGAUCUACAAAAUAUAAUAUCAUCGAAACCUACCUGAUGGAUCAAAAGCUCGCAACAAAUUUCAAACGAUUUUAUUAUGCAAAAAUAAUAUUCACCUGGAUUGUCGGAUGCGAAAAGAAUUUUUUUCCGGUUGUAUUUUAUGUAUGUGAUUUAAUAUCUCUAAAAUCGACAGUCUACUUACAUUGUAUUGUGGUAACUUUAAGGCUUGUCUUAAUGUCCUCUGGUCUGUCGACAUCCACCAAUAGGAACUCUCAAGCCGCAAAUGGGAAUCGAAAAAUCUAGCUAAUGGGGUUACUGCAGAAUUCAUUACUAUUUUGAGAAUUAUUUCCCCUUUGUGGCGUUGUUGUCGUCCCGGUUAUACUUUGACGUCAGAAGUUUUGCGUGUCAUCAUAUGCGCUUCCAUUAUCUUCAUAGCUCUCAUCGUCAGAGCUAGCCCUUCUUCUUCCCAAUCGAUCAGUCUAGAUUUCAACAGAGGAAUUUUAAUAAUUCAUCUAAUAAUAAGUUAUAACAGCCUUCAUCAAUACUAAAUGUUUUUAAUUGGAUUACAAAUAUAUUAGUGAGGUUUGGUGCAAAGGUUCUUUCGAGUUAUGACUUGAAGUCCAGGAACUCUGAUAUAAAGUUGACAAAAAAACAUUUUGAUCAGUGCAGAGAACCUUGAAAUGCACAAGAUAGUUGCUGUUACUGAGAGUUUCCCAUUCCUUUGCGCUCACCAUACGAUCAUCACAUGAAUGCUGUUGGGCAAGGUAGUUAUGUAACAUGUAGGUUAUGGUUUUUUUAUUUGUCGUGGUUUUAUGGCGUUGGUUAUGGGAUGCAUACUAGUUUUCCUCCUAUGCGAAGUAUUCAAUGUAUUAUUAUUACAUAGAAAUAAUUUCUUCCUCUCUGAUUGGUCUUCCAUACAGAUCUGCGUUUAACUUGCAGAUGGUGCAUAUAAAAUCCUCUUCAUCUGCAAGCGCUGAAAAUCUGUAGCUUCCGAAGCACUUCUCAUUGAAAUGGAACCAUUUACAACAGUAAUCAAAUUGAGCCCACCCACGAUUUAUUUCUAUUAUCACGUCCUUAAAGCAAACUACGCACCCAUGAUCAAGUGUGUUUGGGUGAUGCAACAUUGUCAUUGAAAAAUAACGGCGGCAUUCGUCCAGGUUCGCGUUCAACCCGACUCGGAAUGAGUUGCCAUUUUGUUUAAGGAAGCAUUGCACAUAGUAUAUGACAAACACAGCAGUGUGAAUUAAAGAAGAGCACUCUUCAUUGAAAUGAAACCAUUUACAGCAGUAAUCAAAUUGAGCCUCAGGAGAAAUUUGCUGUAACAUUUUUGCACUGAAACUUGCCUGGGAGAUGACAUUGAUACGAAUCUCCUGAAACUAUCAGUAGGUGAUCCGGGUCGGCUGGAUAUGAUGGGCAGAGAUGCAAUGGGCGCCAAAUUUCCCUGUCUCUCCUCUUCUUCUCUUUCGGAUGUAACGCGAUCGAUUUCAGUCACUUUGAACUGAAUCGCGGCAUUUUCCUCCUCUCGCUGAAUUCGAGUCAUUUCGAUGGCUCGAAUCCGUGCUUCUUCACCCUCCAGAUCAUUGGAUACGUCUAUUGGACAAUGAUGUUGGAUUCUAUGAAUCGACCGCCACAGAUUUGUAGAAUGCACCAUGUCUGGACGAUCGACAUUUCGAAGAGGGGGAGUUUUCGGGCGCGCAGUUUGAGGCUGUGGAUUCCUAAUUAGGAUCCGCUCAUUGCCGUCCCCCCCCGAAAUGGUACCCUCAUUUAUGUAAAAUACCACUUCGCUCAAGAAGCGCGGUAAGUGAAUUUAAAGCGCAUCUCGACGAUACACAUUGUUCAGCAGCUCGUUUCUGACCGGGGAUAUUCGAGCCACGGGGCGAAUCGGUGAUAAAGGUCGAUUGAAUGGUCGUCGUCGGGAGGGGGCGCGGAAAGCCUCAUUUAGGACAGGUCUAAAAUCGCGGAGUGAUUCAUACAUCAGCGCGAUGAUGUAUACGACUGUUUUAAACAAAAACUCGGGGAAAAACAUGUUUAAAAUUAUAUGAAUAAAAAAAUAAAUACCGAACAAAUUCACUGAUUAAUGGGAAGAAAAAAACAAAAAAAAACACGAAAAGCGAUGAGAUUAAAUGGAAAAAAAAAUACAACAAGUAAAUUGAGAAAAUCGAAGCGCACAACGGAAGUAAUCCACGGAUGAACAAGGAGUCUGUCUGGAUAAAAAAUUAAAAAUAAAGGAACACGUAAAUAAACCAGGCCAGGAUGUUUUCUGUCGUCGUGUAAGCUCCGAACUGAUCAGCAGAUGUUUUUUGCGUAGGGCUUCAGCUCGCAGGGGCUACACCACAACAGUGCUUCACGGAGCACUGUUAAUACUUCAUGCCACCCUCGCCCGGUGCCUUUGAAUUCGGAAGGAAACAUCUCAAAAAUUAAAACCACACGCCGCGAAAGACCGCCGAGAGCCAAUAGACACACGUUAUUCCAAGGAAACAAGACUCAAAAUAAAUACACAUAAAACACUUAAGAACGAUAAGAGAUAUCAAGUUCUAGGAAGAAGAGGGAGCAAAAAAAUCAAUAGUGACACGCAGAUUCGCAAGGUAAUUCGGAGAGUUAAAAGAUGAUUGAGAGCAGCUGAUGUAAUAAUUUGAUGAAAAUUAAUGCGGUAAUUUCGAAGGGAAGAGAAAAAAAAAUUUAAAGUUGAGAAAUUAAAAUUUGAAAUUUUGAGUUCACUCUUAGGACAGGAGGCGCAACUUUUGUAAUCUACGUCUAGUACGAUUCAUUCUGUUACCACUCGUUGUUUUGUAAUUGUUUGAUCGUGAUUUUGGUUUUUGUGCUAUAAAUUUCGCGUGUAAUUUUUGAAAUACUGAUAGUUUAUUAUUGUUUUCUAGUAACUCCGAUAUUGUGAUCGAAAGUUCAUUUAAUUCAGCAAGUAAUUUAUUGGCGAUUUUCAAAUUUUUGUCCCUUUUUGACAAACCCCAAUCGGGGGGGGGUAACACUGUAAGGGAAACGCCGUGGUUGUGUCAAUUCUCAAUUUCCACCCCUCAGAAUCCUGCAAGACGUUAGCGAAGUCAAAUCACCUUAGUCGAAGUUACAGACUUACUCAGCCUUGAACCGCGAAGUCACUAAAUAAAUUUAAUGACGUCAAUUCACAGUCCGUAGCCAAGCUACAGUUUUGAACCGCGAAGUCACUGAAAAAAAAUUCGGUGACGGCUAUUCACAGUCCGCAACUGAGCUGCAGUAUCGGGGGCGAACUAUUUUUCGCUAAGUUCACAGAGCAAAGAAAGUCAGAAAUGAAGAAUUAACACGUUAAGAUCACACUGUUAAGGGAGAGAAAUUUUCAGGAAUUUUACUAAAUUUUACUAAAACUCUAAAAUUUUAUUAAGACUCUAAAAUUCUACCAAAAUUCUAAAAUUUUAUCAAAUUUUAUUAAAGCUCCAAAAUUUUAUCAAAUUUUACUAAAUUUUACCAAAAAUUUUAUCAAAUUUACUAAAACUCCAAAAUUCUACUAAAACUCUAACUAAACAAAAAAUUCGAGAGGAACAAACACUCGAUGUGAGUAACGAAGAUCGAUACCCGGCUAGCUUCCACCAAUUGCAAUGCCUCUAACUCUACUCUCCGAAUGACCUCCUAGUGUUAACCCCAGAUCCCUAAAAUACCCACAAACCUUGGCUUCUAGGCGAGGAGAAGCGGGAUGGUAAUAAUCCAACACUGGCUGGUGUUGUGUGUAGCCUAAUGCUCAAAAAUCUGUUUCAGUCUUUGGCCAAGACGCGAGAACUUUUCGAGAAUAAGCGCGACCAAUUGCAAAGAGAAGCAGAGUGGGAGAAGGAACGUUUGCAGGAUACUGGCCAUGAAGUUGUCUCAUUUCACGAAUUCUACGACGACCUGGAUGGGGAAAAGCCAGAGUAUAGUACGCGAUUAUCA